UCAACCUCAUCCAUCCAUCCAUCAAUCAAGCCACCCCCCUUCAACAACAUCCAACCCCAGCCUCCAACACCACAAAAAUGUCCAGUUCAUCAAAACCAUCAAAGACCACCGAUCCCAAGGACUCUGCGGCUGAUAAGCCCAAGGAGCCACAGAAACAAGCAUUAUCGCUGGAGGAGGAUGACGAGUUCGAGGACUUUCCCGUCGAAGAUUGGAAGGAGAGCGAAACUGAUGUACAGAAUCCUCCCGGUGGGAGAUUGUGGGAGGAGAGUUGGGAUGAUGAUGAUACCACUGAGGACUUUUCUACCCAACUGAGGGAAGAGCUUAAAAAGAACCCCGCCAAAUAAAUAAUACACCUGCCGUUUCGAUACAAGAUUCACUCUCGUCGCUGGUUAGAAUUGGAUGGGAUGUUCUUUUUCGAUUGUAGCAUAGCUUCUCCAACGAUCAAGGGACCCGUGGAGAUCACGAUGCCCGAUGAUAGUUA